AUUGACUCGGCGACCGACAGCGUCGCCGCCGCCUCUUUGGGCGGUCGGGAUACUCUGCUCGUUCCUGAAAAAGUUUCGAGGAUCGACCCUUGUCUUAAUUUUCACCAGCCGAUCAAAAUUCUCCUUAAAAUACUUCUCCCCGUAAACUUUUCCCUGGCCGUAGCUGGACUCGCCGGCCGGCAUAACUCCGAUGUCCAAAUCCCGGUAGUUGAAAUACGCCUGCCUCGGAUUUUCCGACACGUACGGCGUCAUGAACUCGUACAGCUCUCUCGAUUGUCGCACGAAAUCUUCGCUGUCCGACCCGUUGUCCCAACUAACAGAGUACUGGAUCUUGAACAGGUUCCCGUCCCGGUGGGGGAACGGCGUCGCCGUCGCCGGAAUCCUGCUGUUAACCCCGCCGUACGAGUUGAACACCAUCCCCACCUGCCCGCCCCGGAUUAUCUCGUCGAAUAUCCGGUUCAGGCCGUUGACGGGGAUCGGUUUCUUCACGUAGUCCGAUUUUCUUUUGAGGUAACCGGCCGAGUUGGGGUUCCGGUUCAGGAGCUCCUCCGGCGAUCGGGUGAGAUUGGUCCGGUCGUCCCAGUAAAGGACCGAUUGGAUCCACGGCAUCUCGUGGCAGGAGGAUCUUGUCAGGCCCAGCUUGGGGAAAUAACGGGCCGUGACGUUGAGGAGGUUUCGGCCCGGGCCGAGGUACUGCCCGACGAACGUGGCCCGAACGGUUCGGGUUCUGUUUCUGGUGAUCGGCUGGAUGAAGACCCUCACGAAGAGCUCGUCGUCCAUGGCCGACACGGCCUGCUGGGCGCCGGAGCCGACCCAGGCGGUCCGGCCGGCGGCGUCGACGUCGAUCGACCGGAAGUUGGACAUGUCGAGCAUGGCGAACCUCCUCUCGCCGGAGACGUAGGACGUGCCCUCAUAGUCAUGGCCGCCGCUGCGGAUCCUGAGGUGGAUUUCGAGCCUCACGGCGCAGACGACGGUGGCGCUGACGUGGGCCUCCGAUGUGGGGGCGACGAUGAGGCCGGGCCGAGGGGUGGCGCUCGUGUUGAAGCGGCGGUUGCGGAUGCACUGGACAAACGAGGCAUAGAGUGGGGGGUUAUCCGCGGAUGCGAAGGCAAA